UAUUGUUUUUCCUGUUGGGGUCAAACUGCUCACAGAGAGACUUUGUUGUUAAAGCUGAUUGAUCAACACCGAAAUGAUGCUCAACAGACUGUCAUUUUAGGAACUUUUAAGAGACGAUAAAGCAGUUCAGUGUUGGAUUUGAGUGGAAAGAGACAGAAAUAUGCAGCUUUGACAACUCCAGCCCUUCCCGUCUGGAAGCUGAUUGGCUAAGUUGAACGUCGGCUCAGUGUCUGUCAAGAGAAACUAUUGAAGACAGAGUGCCUUCCUGACAGUGCAGCUGUAUAUUUACAGGUGCAGCUCCGAUAUGACUAAGAGAAGCACUUCUCUUCAGCUUGUCAAAAGGAUGCUGAACCAUCACUGCAGAAGGAACCCUGAGCUUCAUGAGGAGCUGCAGAUCCAGGCUGCAGUGGCAGCAGGGGAUGUCUGCACUGUCAGGAGAAUGCUGGAGCAAGGAUACUCACCCAAGAUUCGCGAUGCCAACGGCUGGACCCUGCUCCACUUCUCUGCUGCCAAAGGAAAAGAGAGAUGUGUUCGAGUCUUCCUGGAGCACGGAGCCGACCCCACAGUGAAGGACUUUAUCGGUGGCUUCACAGCACUUCACUAUGCUGCUAUGCACGGCAGAGCGCGCAUCGCCCGACUGAUGCUGGAAUCUGAGUUUCGCAGUGACAUUAUAAACGCAAAAAGCAACGACGGCUGGACGCCGCUGCACGUGGCCGCCCACUACGGCCGAGACUCAUUUGUGCGCCUCCUCCUCGAGUUCAGGGCCGAGGUGGAUCCACUGAGUGACAAAGGGACCACACCGCUACAGCUGGCCAUCAUCCGUGAGCGCUCCAGUUGUGUACGGAUCCUCCUGGACCACAGCGCCAAUAUUGACAUUCAGAAUGGCUUCCUACUUCGAUACGCUGUCAUCAAAGGCAACCACUCAUACUGCCGCAUGUUCCUUCAGAGAGGAGCAGACACUAAUCUUGGACGUCUUGAAGACGGCCAGACUCCUCUUCACCUGUCGGCCCUCAGGGACGACGUGCUGUGCGCUGAGAUGCUCUACACGUACGGGGCCGAUACCAACACCAGAAACUACGAGGGCCAGACACCGGUAGCUGUAUCUGUUAGCAUGUCUGGGAUCAGCCGGCCCUGUCUGGACUACCUGCAGGAGGUCACCAGACAACCUCGGACUCUACAAGACUUGUGUCGAAUAAAAAUCCGUCACUGCAUUGGUCUUCAAAGCUUGAAAUUCUUGGAGGAUCUACCAAUCGCAAAGGUUAUGAAAGACUAUUUAAAACACAAGUUCGACAAUGUGUGAACGGAACAAUAGCAGAAGAGGAGAGGCUGACUUAAAAACUCUCGGCUACCAUUUUAUAAAGACUAUGCAAUCACUAUGCUCCUUGUCUGGAAGAAAUGUCCACAGGUCUGAUCGGAGGGAUGGUUAGUCCAGUUUGUUCGUCCAGUUCAACACAUUCAAAGGAGAGUUCUCUGCUCCUGUUCAGCCUUUUUUACAGCUAGAACAGUUGCUGAAGGAUGGCAAUGGCGCGCCUCAUUUGAGGAACGGUUAUGUUUUUUGUGGGCAAAAGAAAACCUCAUUUGACUGCAGAUAGCAUUGUUAGUACACUUAGCAUUAUUAACAAUAGUCAAAAUGUGUACGAUGUUAUCCUUGCUGGGUCGGAUUGUCAUCAAGUUCGUACUUGCCAACGAGUUUAUUUUAAUCCCCUCCCAUUUUCUUUUAUUUUUUUAACCAAGCUAUAUGAAGCUGAACUCAAACUGCUGCAGUGAUGAAGACUUUCUUUCUGACUCAUAAUCUUCAAAGUGCUGAGCUUCUUUGAGCUAGCUUUAAAAACCUCUGCAUGGUAAACUCCCUGAUUUUGUUUUAUCACCCAAGCAAGCAUAAAUCCCAAAAAGGGUCAAAACUCUAAAUCACCACCCUCAUCUUCAGUUUGUGCAAUGAUUGAUUAAGUAAAUAGCACUCAUUUUGUGCCCAUUGACAGCCACUUCCGACAGUUAGAGAGACAGUUGACCCAUGAGAGCUUUGCAGCUGAUGUGGAUCUCCAUCAACUUGUUAUGUUAAAAGAGAAAAGCAGUGUUAGUUUAUGUAACUCUGCUAUGAACAGAAAGCAGAGACAACAUAUGAAGCUACAGAUGGCUGGGAGAUGUGGGCAGUAAGGUCUGUUUGAUUUACAUCUGUCACAACACAGUCUCAGUCAGGACUACAGUAGCCACAACAUGUAAAAUAAAGCUCAAAGAAGAUUAAAACAAGCCCACUACAGUUUAUAAAAAAUAACCAAACAAAAUCUUUGACUUGCCAGAAGUCCAUCGUUGAUUAUGAGGCUAUGAAACUUCGUCCCAGCUCACUUCUGAUGCAUCAGAACUCAACUGACAGUAACUGAAGUUGAUGGUUUACUGCUGCUACAGGGUGCUGUAACAAAAUCAGGGUGUGUCUUUAAAAGACGUUUAUAUCUGAUAUGCAAGAAUAACUUUUUUUUGGGGGGGAGGAGGAUUUUGGACUUUGAUUUGGGAAACGUUUUCAACCAACUUUGUAUCAUUACAAUGUGAGAAGUUUUGCAAAUGAACAAUAUUUGUCUCCGUCCAUCAGGGUUCCCACGCAUCCUGGACAACCUGGACAUUUUGAGACUAGUUUUUCACUCAUGGAAACACUUCCAACAGAGUGGCCAAAUAUCCUGUAAAUAAUCUAUGUACAAUUUUAAUUGUAUUUUAGCCGCUAACUCCGAUCGUCUCUGGAAACCUGGAUGCAUAUUUUGUUUGAAAUUUGACAGUUGGUAGGAUAGGCUGCUCAGUAUAAUACUUACUAAAAGUGGAACCGAGUAGAAUGCCCUUUUUGGCGUCAAGUCUAUUCCACGAGUGGUUUUCUGAAAGAAACCCAGUGGAAAUGCUGUAGAUGGUCAUAUCUACACGCAUGCAGCCUUAUAGUGAUCACAUUUAAAUUGGUUUUGGUGGUCGAUAAAUACAUGCGCAGCAAUGUUAACUGAAUCUUUUUUUAUAGAGACCUCAGCAGAAAGAUGGUAUUUGGUGAGAACAACCACAAAAGCAAUCUGACCACCUAUCUGUAAUGAACCUGAGGCACUUCAUCAUGAGCCCUGCAUCAUUAAACAAGUAGAAAUAAAAGUGGGGUUUACUAGGCCUACCAGCAAAUUAUAGGACCCUUUGUGUAUUGUCAAGAAAUAAUCCAGGAAAAUCAUUUCUUAAUUAAUCUCACUUAAUCUGACUGUCCGUGGAGACGAGCAUGCACAGAAUGCGGAAGUACAAUCUGUAGUUGGAACAGCUCUACAGCCACUGACAGUCGGAUUGCCAGAAGGACUUUUGUCAGCGACUGAGCGGGGAGCUCUGGGUGCAGACAACAUGGAGGAAGUUAAACACUCUUCAUUUGCGUAUACUAGCAACAUUUUAAUGAUACAAAGCUGGUUGAAAAUUGGCAAAUUUUCCUUUGUGAAGCUGCAGUAGGUAACGUAUAUAAAAAUAACUUUUUGUCAUAUUUGCUGAAACAUGAGAUGGAUAAAAUGUGCAAGAAUCCACCAGGCCUGAACAAAAACAACCAAUCACAGCCAGGAAAGAUAGUUCAUCAUUGAGUCUCAUUCCCAGGUUGUCAAAUACAGCUGGGAAUGAGCCUCAACAAUCAACUGUCUUCAAUCUUCCAACCCAAAGCGUCUUUAUAUCUUUCUUGGCUCAAACACCAUUAGGAGCACUAAGAGGAGCCAGAGGAACCUGAUUGUUUCACAGAUUAUCUGUCUCAUCUACUACUGUCAGGAUAUAGUGAAAGUUUCAGCAAAUAUGUCAAAAAGUUAUUUUUAUGAAAGUUACCUACUGCAGCUUUAAGUGUAAUGCUUGGAUAAUUUGAUACUAUCAGUUGAACAGUGAAAUUGUUCUGCAUCAAUCAACUUACUUUAUCCAUUUCUACACUAUAUGUAGUACAUUUGAGUUUGGAGUGAGUGCACUGUGAUAGAAUUCUGUUCUGAAAGCACCAAAUUUACUCACUGAAGCAGUUUGGUUUGGAUAACACUGACACUCAAUCACUAGAAGCUACAGUCAAUGUAAAUAUGUUACAUGUACAACAGAUAUUUUUGUAGAAUUUAUUUAAGCAUUGAUCUCUGGUAUUCUUAAUGUAUUUAAAGUUUGGAAAGUAUUGUGAUAUGUUUGGUGUGACUCAAGUAUUUCUUUUUUUUUUGUGUGUCUGAGUUCAAAUACUCUGUUGUACAAGAAUAAUUUGGAAUCAAGUGUUCUUUGAUUUUUAUGGCAGAAAUGUUGGGUGCUUUCUUAAAGUUCAUCAUCUCUUGCAGGUAACUCUGUUGUGGAGAUUAAACUGUGAAUUUUUCAUUUUGACAAUUUAGAAUAAAAUGUAGGAUUUGGGGUUUAAAUAAUGCCUGUGCCACAGGAAACAAUUUUUUUCUUGGUCUCUGCAUGUGUUUAAAAUGCGUAGUGGAAUUUUGUGGCACCUAAAAGUUGGUUUUCCUAAAACGAAUCCCAUUCUAACAAUGUUCACCUGCAUCAACAUGUCAGUGUCAUUCUCAUAUUUAAAUUUGCAUGUUUGUUUGUAGCCUUUUGUCAGGACAUUUUGUGAAAAAUGCACAUUUUGAAACUGCGUGCUCCAUGCAGGUCGACAGAAAUUGGAUAAAAAAUGUGCUAAGUUUAAGACAAGACUACAAGUGUGUUAACACAGCAAAAUAGAGAGUGAGUAUGGAGGUCAGGGGAGUUGCAUUAAAUAUAUAUUUUUUUAUGAAUAACUAAAAGACCACAAUCAUAAAUGACACUCCUGUGUCCCAUUUCAGGGGCUGCUUCCAUUGAAGUCUGCCUUUCAGACUGAAUAACAGUAACAGCCUGACAGGACCCGUCCUAUUUUAAAGGCUCCUCCAAAUGCAGCCUUCUCUUCCCUGAAUGUAAAGGGCACAGUCAGUUCCUAAAGGCCCCUUCACUCUAUGGCCUGGAAAUGUUUCCAACAACCGUUGCCAGUUUUGAGGAAAAUGUUGUGAAAUCUUUGGUUGUUAAAAUUGUCCUGUGGAGUUUGUGUGUAAACAAACAAAAGGUAUUUUUACAUUGAGUGUUACUCCCCAAAAUGCAGUGUGUAUCCUCGAGCUCUAACAAAUGUGUUUAGUACGGCUGCAACGAUUUGUCAAUUAAUCGAUUAGUAACACUGAUCAACUUUUCAACAUUUUCUGGGCCAAACAACUUUAUCGAGAAAAUGAUCGACAGAUUAAUCCAUAAUGAAAAUAAUCGUUAGUUGUAGCCCUAAAAUGUAGUGCAUUAUUUCCUCAGUUUGCAAAGCCAUUUUUCUUGAAAGCGUGAACCCUCCAUUGUCUAGGUCCAUGUUUACCAGCCAGCACUUUUCUUUGCCUUUGGUGGCACAUUUUGCAUUUCAUUAGCAUUACUGCCACCUGUUGAUCAGUGGAAUAUAAAUGUAUUGCUCCUCUGCCCUUGCAUGUGCAUCCUUGUGCCUGUACACCAAACAAUAUAAUGGGGCUCAUAAAAGCGACUGCUCCAUAGCGCUACUAGAGGUCAAAAACUCCACAGGAUAUCUUUAAUCCAAAACACAGGACGUAGAUUUCACUCUGAGGUAGGUUUACCGACAAGUGAUUAAGCACCGAGGACCAAAUUCACAAGGUGACUGCUGCCCAUCAGAAUACACAGUCUAACACAACUUUCUUAGCCUAAAAUGUUUCAUUAUGUUUUGUCAGCGCUAUGACUAAAGGCCUGAAUAUACUCACACAUGGACAGAUGUGGACACCACAGGUGCAUACUGGUUUUGUUUAUACUGCUUUCUGGAGUCCGUUUGGAGGACAUUUCCACACAUGCGAAGACUUGUUCUUGUAGUGUAGUGUUUGUGCGGACACUCUGCAGUCACAACAAAUUGAAGGUACACAGGUGUCCACAUAAAGCCUACACACUCUGAUGAUUACAUUUAUGUCACGUGGGCCAUCGUGGAGUCAGAAAGUAUCAUUUCAAUUGACAAAUUGCAACCAAGAUUUUAUGAAAUGAUAAAUGGACUGCAUUUAUGUAGCGCUUUUCCCAUCUACCGACCACUCAAGGUGCUUUACAACACAUGCUUACGUACACAUGCUUACGUUCACACACUGAUGGCCAGCAGCCUUGCAAGGUGACCCUUGCCUAACCUAUCCUAUCCUCAUUAGGAUAGGUUAGGCAAGGGUCACUGCGCCACACUCUUUCUGUUUUACCACCAGAUAAGCUCUGGUUAUUGAAAUGGUUCAAUGCACAACAGCUUGUAGAAUAUGACACACCCAUUUUGGUUCCCAAGGAAAACCUAGUAUUUUUUGGGUCCAGCUUGGAACCUUAUCUAAUCUUAGUGUUUCCCCACCAAAUUAUCUCUGGUUCAUGAACCGGUUCCGUCCAAGACAUUUGGAACCUUGGUGCUAUCUAGCGAACCAGCCCGUGUUUCCAUCAGUUUUGAACAGAACCAUUAUAAUCAAGGAUGCAUCAUUAACAGAGGGUGUUGCACAAUCACCUUUGGUUCCCCAAGGUAAAGCUGCUAGUUUGGUUCCAGCUUGGAACCAUCUUUUCAUGUUCUGAACCAAUUUAUUUUUGGUCAAAGUGCUCUGAGCGGUGUUGGUUUCCUGGUGCAAAAGACCUAUCUGAGGAGUCCAUCAAACCAGGAACCUUUAGAUCACUAGACGACCACUCUGCCUCCUGGGCCAUGCCACCCCAAUCUCACAAAAUGUGACAUACAGGGAAGCUGUAAGAUCAUUGUAAUGUGUAGAUGUCAGCCAUUUGAGACCUCCUUUGAUUUUGAGAAGGAUCACAUGAAUUAGUUUGUCUUUGUGAGGCUAGGGUGUCUUUUUGGGUGCACAGGUUCAGUCCAGUAGCCCUCAGUCUUCCAAAUUACAGACUUUUGUAGGCUGUGUCCUCUACAAAAGGCAGCCGCUGGAAUGGAACUAUAACAAAACCAGGAGUGUUUGUUGAGCUAGGCAGUUUUGUAAUGUUGCAUAUGGCCUGGGUUUUUUAUGUCUGUCCAGAAGUAGUUUUACUGAUGUCUUCAAUCCAGUUGAUUUGACUAUUUCUGCUCAUUCUUUUGAUGAUACAUUCUGGAUGCAGCUCCCUCCCUUUUGGCUCACUGAUCAUUUUUAUAAUGCAGUAUUUCGAGAUCUGAGUGAAAAUAAACACUGAAGGUUACACAGUGUUCCUCGUGCCAGAAUAUCCUCCAGCACAUGUCAGUUCUAUUUCAUGUUCCAUUCUGUCCAUUUUUCUCUACCUGAUUCUGGAUUUGAUACAAAUGCCAUUUUGCAGCAGCAGUUUUUGUAUUGUGUGUGAAUAAGUCUGUCAUACAUUGACUGCCUUUUCCAAUCAGUUCCUCAGCAGACUUUGGUUGUCACAGUCAGGGAAACACUUCAUACAUGUCUUAUGUGGCUAUCAAAUGGCUGUAAGUCUUCCACACCAUUAACUACUGAAUGUACAGAAUAUGCAGAUUUUCAAAUGUAAAAAAAAAAACAAAAUGUGUGAAUAAACUAAAGUUAACGUUU